AUGGCGGAAGUAAAGAUAGCGAGUAAAAGAUAAAUCUGCCCUCUCAUUCCAGCUCUCCCUCGUAACGUUGGCCUAAGAAGUUUUAUUGUGAAAGUUAUUGACCGGAUCUGAGUUCCUUGUUUAUGGUUGUUUACCGUCUUUGUGACACGCGCUGACAUUAAGGCAAAAGACCAAAGCGUUACUAGUCUGGCAUGAGAUAACAUUUCUGCGCUUUUUUGAGAACUGCAUGUGCACAGUGACUGUCGAGGUCUCCACUCCUCUAAGAGCUGCCUGAGUUUUGAUAUUUGUUCUUCCUCUUACUGACAGCCCGAAGGAAGAAAGCCGAAGUGGGUCCCCUCACUGCCCUAAACCGGAUGAGCCCGAAGAGCCGCUUGGCACCGCAAUGGAGACUGGAGCCGCAAACGAUGUCAGUGUGAAAUCUGAGAAUAUGACUUCUGGAGUGAUCAUCACAAAAGAAAUGGAGAAAGAGGAGAAGCAGCUGAUGGAGGAGGGGGAAAAGAAGGAAAAGAAAAUGAUGGAAGAGGCCCGGGUAUCGCGGAAGACGGAUCCUCAUGACAUGCGCUUCAAGAGACUGCAGCACUUGCUUCAGAAGAGCAACAUCUACUCUAAAUUCCUGCUGACUAAAAUGGAGCAGCAGCAGAAUGAGGAAAAGGUCAGGAAGGAGAAAACUGAUAAAAAGAACACAAACGGUGCAGAGCCUGAGAAAG